CUGAUUGGCUGUAGUUGAGUAAAUCAAACAUCCGUUCGCCAUCGCGGGCAAGGCUCCCGUUGAUUAGCGGGCCGGUUGCGGGUUUGAAGAUGGCAAACAAUGGGAGCGAGCUGGGGCUGGGGCCGGGGCCGGGGCCGGGGCCCGAUGAGAAGAAGCGGAAACUCGGCUUUAGCGGGCCGGAGGCAUCGGGCUCCGAAAGAGGUGGCUUCAACUUGGAGUGUUUCCGCGUGGAGACAAUACUACGGGAAAGCGCGCGGGACAAAACAAUCUUCAUUCACGGCAAGUUCAGGUCUCCAGAGCGCUCCCAUAUUGAUUUAUGUGCUUUCUUUCAGUGGGUGUAUAACAUUCUGGAAAAGAAGGCAGAAGCUGACCGUAUAAUUUAUGAAAAUCCAGAUCCUCAAGACGGUUUUCUCCUGAUUCCAGACUUAAAAUGGAAUCAGAAACAGGUGGAUGACCUAUACCUAAUCGCUAUUUGCCAACGGCAUGGGCUGAAGUCACUGCGGGACCUAACAGGAGAACACCUGUCAAUGUUGCAGAAUAUAUUGCAGGAAGGACAGGUUGCCAUCUCCAAGCGUUAUAAUAUUCCAGGAAGCCAGCUGAGGAUUUACUUUCAUUAUCAGCCCUCCUACUACCACCUCCACAUUCACUUUACUGCUCUUAGCUAUGAUGCUCCAGGAACCAUAGUGGAACGUGCACAUCUACUUUCCAGCGUCAUAGAGAACCUGCAGACUGACCCAGAGUACUACCAGAAGCGAACAUUAACUUUUGCUUUGAAGGCUGAUGACCCACUUCUGCAACGGUUCAAAGAGGCAGGAAGGGUGAAGGAGAGAGAUUAUUUGUUCACAUAGUCAGUCUUUGCAGCCUGUGUUCUUUGAACUGAAUCAGCCUAGAAUCUCUCUCUCUCUGACACACACACACACACACACACACACACACACACACACACACGUUGCGCCGGGUUACACUGGUUUAAAAGCACCCACACUGGCAACAGAAAGCUUUUUCAGUGAGCAGACCAUCAGUCUGACCUUCAUUCACUCAGAACAUAGAUCUUCAAAAGGUUUCAUUUGAACAAAAUGAAUGUUGUUGCUAUGGCAUUGAAAUGUUCCUUGCUAUAAAUUAGAGAGAGACUAGACUAAAAUCCGUCUGUGUGGCUUUAAGAAAAAAAAGGAAGUGAAUUUGUUUUGUCUGUGCAAUCAGGCAUGACCUUUUGAUCUCCAUCAUGGUACUCUUAGAAUAGAAGCUGGCAGGGGUAGGGUCGGGAAAGAGGAUAGAAAGAUGCAGGCAUUUGUAAACUGAUGCAAAACUCAGCCAAGAUUGUUCAAUCAAAUUUUCAUUGUAGUUUGCUCAUGCAGAAACGCAUGGAAAUCUUUGUUCUGAAUAAGCAGAGGUUAUGCUGGGUGAAGACUGCUUAAUGGAGCUAUCCCCACUAUUUGUGCUUCUAAACCAGGGCAACCCACUCAGCAUAUGUUUGCUUUUGUGUGGGUGGAUCCAGAUUCUUGAUGUUCGUUUUCCUGUCAUGGAGGAUUUCCUGCUUCCUGUAUGGAAAAAAUCUGUGAACUUAUUUAUAAAGAAAUUGUUAACAGAUUCCCUAAUAGUAUAGUAAUUCUAUGUACCCCACCCCUCCCCCCCCACCCUUUGAACACCCUGAGUUUUGCUGAGAAAUAUCCCACAGAUAGCGUCAGCACUUUGGCUGUUUUUCACGUGCAAAUCAAUAUAUAGGUGAUGCUGUGCUGAUCAAUCAAAGGGAUGUCACACUCUUCUCGGGUCAUCAGGCAAAGUACACACUUCCACACCUUCCAUUAGAUGGCAGUGGAAGUGAGAGUUGCAUUUGUUUUCUUCCUUCACCAAAUCUUCCCUUUGCCAGUGGCCAGCAGCUGAGGAGGUGCCCAGCCAACUCAACACAGAGCGGUCAUUUCAGAAAGUGUUAACAGUAUAGGGCGGCACAGUGGCUCAGUGGUUAGCACUGCUGCCUCAUAGCGCCAGGGACCCAGGUUCGAUUCCACCCUUGGGUGACUGUCUGUGUGGAAUUUGCACAUUCUUCCCGUGUCUGCAUAGGUUUCCUCCAGGUGCUCUGGUUUCCUCCCACAGUCCAAAGAUGUACAGGCUAGGUGGAUUGGCUGUGCUAAAUUGCCCUGUAGCGUUCAGAGAUGAGUAGAUUAGGUGGGUUAUGGGGGGAUGGGUCUGGGUGGGAUGCUCUGAGGGUCGGUGUCGCCUGUUUCCACACUGUCGGGAUUCUAUGAUUCUGUGAUGAGAAUGUCAGCCAGGCAAGCAGCAGCUACUUCAUCAAAUUGGCCUCUCUCUCCUGCUGACCCAAACAUCAUGAUGGCACACUUUCUGCCUCCUUCCACAGCACCCUUCAGUUGCAUGAUCUCCUGGUAUAUGUCUCUCGCGCUGGGAGACUUAGAAACCAUUGCAGUGGUUCGUUACUCUAUUUAUAAAGUAUAGUGUAUCUUUGGGUAUCUCAGUAGCUCAUACUGAUGACUGGCUAUUACACUGCUGCCAGGAGUUUGCUACAGAAUGCCUUUCUAUUGGAAACAGAAAGCCCCCUUUCCAAUAGAGAAACUCUUGGCCUCCAGCUGAUUCAAUACUUUGCUGGUUUGUGUUUAUUUACCUUCCCAUCUGGGGGAAUUGCCAGUGUAUGCUCAUCUGGGACAUGGAUUUUAAUUUUAAGAAUAGUUUAGAAAGAGGUUCAACAAUGCCAGCUGAGAAUCUGUGGUUUCCUUUUUUGGCAGCUUUGUUCUCUUUUGUUUUCUCAUCCCCUGAAGAUGCUUCCUUUGGGUGAGGUACUGUGACCCAAUCAUCAGUAUCUUUCCUAUACUUCAAUGGUGCGUGACCCUACACAGUAUGUGUUGGUGAGUAAAUCAAAAGAAGGAAUAAAAAGCCAGAUCUUCAUGGACAUGCAUUUCCUGACAGGGUAAUUUGGCAGAUAUCAGGACUAAGGGCCAUGGUAAGCUUUCUUCCCUCAGGACAUUUGUAGAUCCCAGUCCCUCUUCUGCCUGAGAAUCUGAAUGUUCCAGGUAGCAGGAAGCAAACCCAAGACCUCCUGCUCUCUAUGGCUCAGUGGAGCAUUUACCCAGCAGAGUACCUAGAGAUCUGACCUGCCUUUUCCUCCACCAAACCCCAAACCCAAAUACUUGUUAAAAUCAUAAGUAGGUGUAUUAUAAAUUAAUACAAUCAGAAUGGGAGCUUUUUGAUAUAUUGAUGGUUAUAAAUUUUUAAAUGCAGCUUUACAGGAAGUUAAAGAUCAAUAAACAUUUUGAACAAAUAAA